UACUUGUGCUUAGUUUAGGAUUAAUUUAUCAUAUCUGCUACCGUUUGGUAAUUCGGGUCAAUGUGUUUAACGUCAUUUGGGGUUGUUUUUCAAACUCUACAGAGAAUUCAAAUGAAAUGGCCUAAAUACAUUUUAACAACACAUGUACAAAAUAGCAGAGAACGUAGGCGUGCAAAAGUACAAAGUGUAUUCGUCAGCGUCUUCAAUCUGCUUGAGCAGUUCUUAACGUAGCUUCUGUCGUCAUUACAGUAACAAAUACUGUGUGUAUCUAUCUAUCUAAUCUUAAAAGGGUCUUGAGUACCGUGAUUUGCAAUGCAUAACUCAAACGCUUUAGAAGAUUUUCAGAUAAGUCACAUUUGAGUCAUUACUGUUGGGCUUUUAUGACUGGUUAAAAUGUGAGUACGUUUCUCGUAAGAAAAACCUGUGUUUGUGUUCGGGCAUGCUUUGUAUUACACUUACCAAAGAGGGAAAUUCUGCCGGUUCUCAAUGGUACCAGAAUUUAUUUAAUCUGUUUUUCAACUCCUCUCUUCAACCAGAUUUUAAUCACUACAGUAUCAUGCUGCUUGCAUUCGGAUUCCUCAUACUGUUUCUGUUAGCUGCUAUUGGACAGCAAUAAGAACAUAAGAACAUAAAGUUUACAUACGACAGGAGGCCAUUCUGCCCAUCUUGCUCAUUUGGUUGUUUGUAGCUUAUUGAUCCCAGAAUCUCAUCAAGCAGCUUCUUGAAGGAUCCCAGAGUGUCAGCUACAACAACAUUACUGGGGAGUUGGCUCCAGACCCUCACAAUUCUCUGUGAGGAUAACUGCCAGUAUUAUAACUGCAUGUUGAUUGGCUGAGCUGUCAUUCUGAUUGGAUUUAACUUUAUCCUGCGUCGCGCAUUUCCGCCCUUUUUGCUUUGUGUCAGUGCUCAUUGGGUGAUCAGCUAGAGAAGACUUUAGCAGUGCGAUGUGAAAAACGGCCCCUUUCAAAUAUCAUGCAUGCGUCACAUUCCAUUCGCCACAGCGAGACUAGGGCCUGGACCAAAUCAAAACUUUGACCCACCUGCUAAUUGCAAAUUAGAAACCUGGUACUGAUGGCGUGCUUUUUUUUUUGGUUUGUCAGGAGGUGGUGCCUUCUACCCCAGAAGGAACCCACUAUUAAUACUGGGUUUGAAAUUUGCGAUUAGCGAUUUGGCCUUGGAGGGAUAAAAAGGAAGCAGAGAAUUGCCGACAAGCAAAACAAUAUGUAUUGACUACACUGUUCAUGCUGCGUGCUAAUCUCUGUGAACCAAUUAAACAAGUGAUAUUGUGAGCUGUGAGUCAGACUAUCGGUAAAUGUUUAGUGUCAACGUUUUGUUUUAUUGUGAUCCUAUUUUACAUACACACUUAUGCAGUAGCUGCAUCAGACCAUAAAAGGAAACAAAACAGCAACCGUCAUUUUACAACACGUGUGGAGGACUUUCGACCCAGUAAACAAUAUAUUGCUUGUAUAUGCUGGGAAGUGCUUGGCAUCGAUUCUGGUGCUAUGAUAAACUGAUUGUUUACUGUACAUCUGAAUUGUGGUAGUUUAAAAUGUGAUUCAGAUGUCUGAAGCGAGUCAAGGCUUACAGUGACCGACAGUCAGAUGGAACUGUAGCUAUAUUUGGGAUAAUAAUUGACUACUGUUGUAUUUUUGUAUUACUGUCAGUAUAUCUGUAAGUGGAUUGAUUGUUGCACCUGCAAAAAUAUAAGGAAAGCAAGAUUAUAUUAAUAUGUUGUCCCAAUGGCAAAUAAUAUGAAUGCUCCCUCUAGUCCACAGCAGGCUUGAGGCAUGGAGAAUGAACUGCUCCCUCACCCCCUAAGAGAAAGGGUGCUCCCUCCAGUCCAGGGCAGGCUUGAGGUGAGAGGUCAGGUAGCUGAGGGUCUUUGCUGGGUGGAAAUAUAUCCUACUAUAUAUGGGGAUACACUUCAAGCAGAGAUGUAUUAAUGACACUGUACUCACACUUUUGUUACAGUAUUUAAUUAAUGUAUUUACAACAACAGUUUUUUGCUUUGGGAAAAUAACUUUGUGAAAUAUUAUGCAACAGCACGGGUGUGAAACGUGCAAGCAGUAAAUGGAGACAGCGGUGUGCAAUAACUACAAGUGGUUGUAGAUUUUAUUGUUUUUUGUUUUUCUAGUAUGUUAGAUCUUGACUUUGCUCAUACACAACCACUCAGACGUCACAUAGUUCGGGUUCUAUAUACAUCGCACGUUUUUUUGUUUUUCAAUUAACUUGUAUAAAGUGUAACUUUACAGGAAAUAACAUGAGACAGCUUGCUCUCGUAACACUAACCACUCUCAUACGCAUGUGGUUUGGGUUCUUGUUGAAGAGCAGUUUCUGGGGUUAGAAGAUGAUACUGAAAUACAUUGAAGAUCAAAUCCUGGUUACUAUCAAUAUGGUUAUAAUCAUGCUUUCGUAUCAUCAUCAUUAUGGUAUUUGUUCUGACUUUUGUAAAAUUAAAGUUUAAAUAGUAGGUAGCUUCUAAAGUCAUUUGAAUUACUUUUCAUAUUCCUGUUACUAUUUUGUGUUUGCAGUGGCUCAGGGUAGUGUUUCUCCCAUAUUGAGUUAAAUCUGAAUUUAGGUAGGUUUGAGCUUGUCCGGUGCCAAACUUCACAGCCUUCCUUAUUUAUUUCAAAUCAUGUGACUUUUCAACAUUGCUAAUGUAACAGUGCAAACUGGCAACCCCUUGCACAACAAGCAAGAGUCUUAACCACAGUGCAAAGAGCCUGACUCUUCUCCAUUCGUGAUUUUAGAGAUUUUAACCUGAGAACCUCAUCUCAUCUCACUGAAGGCGGUCACAGUAUGCUGGUUUCAGUAUCCCCACCCACUCUAAAUACACUGUAGACAUUGUCACAUGAUUUCAAUUACAUUUGAACAUACUUUCUCUGUUUACAGAAACAUUCCAACAGUACUAAAUAUUAGUAAACUACAGUAAGACUUUUUUUUUUUUGUUUGUAAGAAAUUAUAAAUACUCAGUAAACAAGAGGUAAACAUUGAAACAGCUUUCCAGAAACUUUCUUUUAAAAAUGUCAAAACUUGCUAGAUUGUGCUGGAAUAUGCUUUCUGAGAUUCUACUUUCGACAGGCAUCAAAUGCAAAUCCCGUCCUUUGCCAACAAAAUUGCCUUACAAAGGUAACUUCAAAGACACUGAAUACGUUUCAAACAGCAUUGUUCCUGAUCACUGUAAUAUAAUAAGUAUUAUUAUAUUAGAUACUUGGAUCAUUAUAUCAGACCCUUUUUUUUGUGAAAAUGCUUAAACUAAACCAGUGGAAGUGGUCUGUAGGUUAAAUACUAUUUUCCUGUAUAAUAUGGUCUUUAUCUGUCAGUCAGAAGUGGUCACCACUGUUUUACAGGUGCAUGUUGUGCACUGUGACUUCAUCACCUUUGCUGUGUUAUUUCCUGUAUGGUUUUCAUUGCAAGCUGUACACCACCACUGUUUGCAUCACUAUGCAUUACCAGACAGAACAGUCCUGAUACAUUUGGAGGCUUGGUGGUCCAGUGGUUAAAGAAAGGGGCUCGUUAACAGGAGGUUCUGGGUUCGAUCCCAGCUCAGCCUCUGACUCACCAUGUGUGACCCUGAGGAAGUCACUGAACCUCCUUGUGCUCCGUCCUUCGGAUGAGACGUAAAACAAACAAGCUCCUAUUGGAAGUGACUCUGCAGCAGCAGUCUUGAUGCAUAGUUCACCCCCUAGUCUCUGUGAAGCGUUUGCUAAAUGACAAAAUAAUAAUAAUAUAUUUAGCCCAAUGUCAUUAUUCAAAAUUACAAUGUACAUAAUUGGGUAAUCUUUUUUUCACCAUAUAUGGCAGUACGCAAUUGUAUUGGAAAAGGGUUAGGGUUAUAUCGUGCAAAAUGAUUUACACAUUAAGUACAUUGCAACUAUGAAUAAUAACAUUGUAAUUAUGUGUAAGUACACAUGCAUUUACAAAGUAGCUACUAUGUUAAUACACAUGUAGAGACACUUAAUGUUGCUGGGGUUUGACCUGAUCAGCUGGACUUCUCUAAAUAGGUAAUGGCCUGAGUGGCUUGCUUGUACAGAUGAACAGAUAGGAGUCCCUACCUAGUCAAGUCUCACAAACUGGCUUCUGAAGGGACGCUGACUCUACAGGCUGGAAUCAAAACUUACAGAGAACGUCUACCACUUGUAUCUGAAUCAGUGAGCUCACAGAUUGCUCUUUAGUGUUGGAAGGGAAUAAAAAAAAAAAACAUUAUCUCCAGAGAAUCAAACAUUUUUGGGGACUUUCUUUGCUAUUUUUGGUGUUUUCUGUGUUUUAUUAUAGGAAAGUUCUCUGUUCAAUAUGACAGUAUCUCGCCCACAGAGAUUGUGCCACACAUACAGAUACACUGGAUUAUGGCAGGGUGAUAGAUACUAUCUUGCAUUCUCAAUGGCUUGGAUACAAAUUAACCUGCCAUAACACUGUCAAUAAGAGCAGCCAGGGUGGCACCAACAUAAAAGGAAUGCUGCAAAGUGAUUACAUUACCAAAAUAGAUAUUCUAGAUUUGCUGAAGCGUUUUAGCUGAUUAGAUUAUUUUACGCAUAAGUUACGGAGUAUUAACUAAACAUUAAUAAAAUAUAUAAUAAAACAGGAACAAACACUAACAGCUCACAAUUGUGUGAUAACAGUGCUUUAAGCUGUAGUCUGGAGCCUUAUAAUUGAUGCUAGUGUACUAGAAUGAUGGGUAACAUAGGAGCCAUGACCACACUGCCAUACAGCGUGUUCCAGGAAACUUAUAAAUAGCAAAGAAAUAUAGCAGCUUAACCAUGUUGAAGUGUUAUUGCUGCUUCCUCUAUCGUCUCCGAGAAGUCUCGGUUCGCUUAUCAGUUUAUGUAAGGAAACACAGAGAUAAGAGGUCAGAGGUGGACUCUCGACAGCAGGUGUUUACUGAUAGAACUUUCCCUCCAAAUGUGUGCAUUUGUGUUCUUUUUUUAUGACUCCACCCACCCACAUGAAGCAAACGGAUUUCACUUGUUCGCAUGCCACUCAUAACUAAACUAGUCCUUAACACAGGUCAGGUCAGAGCUUCUAACAAGAUACAUCUGCACAACUUGCAGGAGUUUCAUUAAUUGCUGGCAUUUUUCGGCAUGCUUUCUUUUUAUGCUGCACAACAUUAACCUGGACUUUUAGGAAAUCAUCUUGCUUUUGAUACACAACGAAUAAGAAGUUGCACAUUUUCUUGGAAAUGUUGAGAAUAGUUUGAUUCUUCCAUUUCAUAAAACAUCACAAACCUUCAGGUAGAACCUUCUAAACAGCCAGGAAGAAUGAACACCACAAACACCUCAAACUGCGGGAUCGAUUUCAAACCAGGCAGCAAUCAGCUGAUGACCAUCUACAUUAUAGUCUUUGUCGUCGGCCUGAUAGUCAACUUGAUCACCCUGGGGCCCAUCAUCCAGCAAGUACGUGGUCACAAUGUCCUCGGGGUGUACCUGCUGAACCUGUCCAUCUCGGAUCUCUUGUAUACCUUGACCAUGCCUCUCUGGAUCCACUACUACCACAAUAACCAUGUAUGGACACUGGGGAGGCCAGCCUGUUUGAUUGCAGGCUUCCUCUUCUAUUCCAACAUGUACGUCAGCAUUGGUCUGCUCUGCUGCAUCUCUGUGGACCGCUGCUUGGCUGUCAAGUAUCCUCUUCAUGCAAAGGUCUUUCGGAAGUGCAGGUACGCUUGCGUUUUAAGCGCUGUUGUGGUCCUGGUAGUGAUGGGGACUCACGCUGUAGCUGCAUGGCUUAAUUAUGAUUUGAAAGCCCAGGUAGGAUGCUACGAGAACUACCCCCUCACGAUCCACGUGGCCCGCGUGAACCUCAUCCGGGUGGCUUUUGGUUUCCUUGUCCCUCUGCUUCUCCUCACGUUCUGCUACUUUAAGAUAUUUCAGGGGGUGCAGAGAAGCAUCGGUGUGGAGGACCGGUGGAAACGCAAAGUGAAGCUGCUCUCCAUCGCAGUCAUCGUCAUCUUCUCCUUCUGCUUUGCUCCGUACCACAUCAUCCUGUUACUGAGGACUGCGGUGUUCUACCAGGAUCAGGCCAACUCCUGCCCCUUUGAGAAUCAGGUCUACCACUACUUCACAGUGUCUCUGGCCAUGUCCAUCCUCAACAGUGUGGUGGACCCUAUACUCUAUGUACUGCUCAGCAACGGAGUGAAGGAGGACAUGAAAAAUAUGGCCAGGUUUCCCUUCAGAAGAAAACGACAACUAGGGAGCAGAACCUUCUCCAUUCUAAGCACCAUGCUAUCGCAAAAUCCUGGAUCGACAAUAAGAUAGGACUGGUGAGCAACAGCAGCCCACACUCACAUACAGGUUAUGUAAAUCUGGGUCAGGUUAGCAAUCAUGCUGCUACCGUCCAUUGCGCAGUAGCUCUGAAUUAGGCUGAAGCAGUCAAUUGCUUUAAGAAAGGGUGGGGGCAAGUUUGAUCCUGCGGUGGUUUGAGAUAGGGACAUCCACAAAGAAUUAGGAACUUACUUAUAUAUAGAAGGAAAUGACUUCUCAUAAAAGAGUUUUAUUAAUGCUGUAAGCUGAGCUUGACUGUACACUUAUUGAAGAGAUAACACCCCUACAGAAACUGGAGUAGUCCAAUCUUUUUUUUUAGGAACAUUACAAGAGUUCCGCGCAGGCCGUGGACAAGUUAAGUUGGGCCAGUAAUAUAUGCUAAAUCUGAACUGCUUACCUGUUUGAUUCCACCUUGAUAAACAGUAAUCUUGAACUGCUUAAUGCAACCCCAGGUAAAGUGAAUCAAGGUUAAUGCUAAUCCGGGUCUGUGAAACCAGUUGUAAUUAUUCCAGCAACAGCGCUAGUCAGUGUCUGUGAAACCAACUGAUUUAAAUAUAUAUGUGUAGCAGGGCAGCACCCUGCCUGUAAAUAAUAUGGUUGUGUGGUGAUUUGGUGGUGGUUGGCAGGGAUGGGGUUAAUUUCCUAUCCCUGCCAAAAUACAUGUGAGAAUGUGGCUGGAGCUAAUUGAAUAAUUGAUAAUUAGGCUCCAGCCACAUGCUAUAAAAAAGGGGAAAAUCCUUUGUUUGGUGGAGGUGUUUUGGGUGAGUGGUUGUUUGUUUGCGUUGUGUUUAUUUUUGGGGAAAAAAAAGAAGUGUAGUGAAGGCUAAUGCCCAGCCUACCUUUGUAUAUUUUGUUUAAACCUUUUGUUUUGGCCCUUGCGCCAGUUAUUUUGUGAUUUGUUUUAUUGUGAAAGUUCUGUUUUGUUUAACUGUUUUAUUUGUGCUCUGUGAGCAGUGUUUUGUUUGACUUUUUGAUUUAUUUUUGAGAUUAAACAGCGCAGAAGCGCGUUAACUGCA